AACCUCAAGGGUUAGAAGGUAAUUUCCAAAUCAAAAACCAAAAUAGCAGACGAUUUCUUAUAUUCAAUCAAACACGCCGAAGAACACAAACUCAUCACGGAACAAGAUUUCAGUCACUGGUCAACGUCGGUCAACCUCUUCUCUAAUGUCGAAAAGGCACACUAUUAUCCUUAUGCAGACUUCUCAAAACCGAGCAACAAGGACAUUUAUGGAUUAUGAGUCAGUAAGCCAAGCAAUGGACGGUAUAUGUGCAUUAUAUGAAAGGAAACUAAAGGAUUUGAAUCCAGCUAUGAGAAACAUAACUUAUGACAUCCAAGAUCUCUAUAAUUUCAUCGACGGCCUUGCUGAUCUCAGCGCAUUGGUUUAUGAUCAUUCUAUUCAAGCAUACCUUCCAAAUGACCGCGAAUGGAUUCGAAACAAGAUGUUUCAUCACCUGAAGAAAUUAGCUCAUUAAUCUCCAGUAAUCUCGCUUCCAGUUUUGUCGUUUGUUCAUCUUAAUAUGUGAUCUAGAAUUUUAAUUAUUAUCGAUUCCCGAAUAUUGUGGUUUCUAAUGUGUCUCGAACGUUAUUUAAGUGAUACAACACAAUCUUUCAUUACUUCUUAAUUAAUAUACAAUCAAACCUCUUGUUCUUUUAAA